CUCCAUCUAUGUGCGUCAAUAAGAAGGAAGGAUAAGGACACUUAUGGAGAUAGAUCGGAGAUCAGUUUUAUUAUCUUGUUUUCGAUUUUGCACGCUAUAAGUAAAGUCGUCAUCGUGUCGAUUUUACUUUAGUCCAUUACUUUUCGUAUAUUAAAUAAUAUUAAAGAUAAAAUAUGACAACGGCUGCAAGGCCAACGUUCGAUCCGGCAAGAGGUGGCCAAGGUAGAGGUGAAAAAGAUUUAAGCGCAAUAUCGAAACAAUACAGCAGCAGAGAUUUGCCAUCGCAUACAAAAUUAAAAUACAGAGAACAUGGACAAGGUACGAUCGAAGAACUUCGUAGUCGUGAUUUUCGUAAAGAAUUGGAAGAACGUGAUAGAGAAAAGGAUAAAAGUUCUAGUCGACGUAUGAUCGAACCUGCGAGAGAGCCUGCCCCGACUAAUGCGAAAAGACAAAAAAUGGAUCAAGUUCCAGCAGCUAGCUUAGAUGCAGACGAUCCCCUUGACGAGGAUGAAUCUGAGUCCGAGAGCGAAGAAGACGAUACCGCAGCUCUUGUAGCUGAAUUACAAAGGAUCAAGAAGGAAAGGGCAGCCGAGCAGGCAAAAAAAGAAAUGGAAAAGAAGCAAGAAGAAGAAAGAAUACGAAUGGAAAAUAUUCUUUCUGGAAAUCCUUUACUCAAUUAUUCCUCCCAAAGCGGUAGAACGGACAUGAAAGUUAGGAGAAGAUGGGACGACGAUGUUGUUUUUAAAAAUUGCGCGCGAUCCGAACCAAAAAAGAAACAUGAUGUAUUUAUUAACGAUUCUUUAAGAAGUGAAUUCCAUCGUAAAUUUAUGGAAAAAUAUGUUAAGUAGCUUGGAAUGUACUUUAUUAUACAUACAUAUUGAGUCUUGUGAUAAAUAUGUUUGUGUCUAUACAUUAUCUGUUCAUACAUAAUAAUGCAAAUAGAGAAAAUGCAAUUUA